ACGGUGAUGAUACCUGUAGAGGUUGGGUGGGCGGCGACAGUGCAGUGGAUGGCGGGGGACACCUUCUGCAGGGUGUUCGCCUUCUUCAGGAUAUUUGGUCACUACCUCUCCUCCUUCAUCCUCGUCUGCAUAUCAAUUGACAGAUAUUUUGCAGUGGUCCAUCCGCUGAGCCUCAACGCAGCUGACAGACGCGGGAAAAUUAUGCUCACAUUUGCCUGGUUUCUCGCCUUCAGCUGCUCUCUGCCGCAGGUGGUGAUUUUCCACGUGGAAAACCACCCAUUCCACACCUUCUACGUGCAGUGCGUGACCUUCAACUUCUUCCCGUCGAUGCACCACGAGAUGAUCUACAACCUCUUCUGCCUGGUGAUGCUGUACGUGGCCCCGCUCUCCAUCAUCAUCACCUUCUACGGCGCCAUCGUCCUCACCAUCUUCCAGAAGAGCCGCCUCUCCGCCGAUGAUACCACCAUCCGUCGCUCGAGCCUCGGGUAUUUGGGGCGGGCCAGGGCGAGGACCAUUAAGAUGACUGUCAGCAUCGUGUUGGCCUUCUUCGUCUGCUGGACGCCCUACGUUGUUAUUAGUUUAUGGUUCUGCUUUGAUAGAUCAGCAGCUGAACUCUUAGACGAGAAAGUGAAGAGGGGCCUCUUCAUAUUCGCCUGUUUCAAUUCCUGCGUCAAUCCCAUCGUCUACGGAAUCUUCAACUUCUGCAAGAAGAAGCAACCUGUGACCCAGACUUGGCGGUCAACCACCCUGAACACCCAGCUCAACUCGAGGAGUUGCGAGUGCCGGAGCUUCAAGUCCUCCCGAGUCUAUUGGAGCCGUCGGGAGGCAGAGUCGACUGUUACCAAUUCCGAGGUGACGGACCACACGGCGGAGCUCCUGCUUCCCAGGGUCCUCAAUUCCCCUUUCAGGACAAGGCAGACCAGUGAACGAGAACGCAGCGCGGGAGGGUCUCCGAUAACCACUCAGUACAGGAACGGGUCCUAUUACUCCUCCAGCCACUCGAUGAUCAGCCAGGCGAGCGGAAACCAGGUCUGAGUGGGGAUGUCGCGCUACCGUCGCCGAAGCCUGUGAUAUCCGUCUAUGGCCACCGUCGUGAGCGAGGUGAAACCUCGUUAUAAUGAGGCCCACCUGGAGAGAAAUGGAAGAAGAAACGUUCCUAUGACGUCAGAUGAUGAGACUAGGUGGCUAGGUGUGCGGUCACACCUCCCGUGUAAAAAUGGAUAAAAAGAAACAUUCUUAACGCGUAGAUCAUGAGACGAGCUGCGCCGUUACUACCGCCCAGGUUUGUUGAGUGGCG